UAGACGUGUAGUUCAAUAGUCGCAGUAACUGCACUGGGGCUGCCCUUUCGCAGGUGCACCCUUGGGGUGCGUGGCGCGGUAGGUGACAGCUGUGACAGCCUGUCGCUGAAGCAUGGACCUUUCUUUGCGCUGAUUGUCGCUCUCCAGUCUUUCCUUCCGCAAAGUCCGGAACUAGGUACAAGCUUGAUAUCGUGUUCGAACAUCUGCAAUUCCCUGUCUUCGUCUUGUUUCCCUUUCCGCUUUACAGUUUGAGUAGAGACAGAAUGGCUGCGUUCCUUUCUCGCCUACCGUCGAUACCGUAUCCGCCCGAACAGGAUGGAUGGUUCUCUCCAGUCACAUCUACCCUCGACUGGUGUGAAGAGAACUAUGUAGUGACACAAUACUCGGCAGAAAUUAUCAACACGCUCACGAAUCUUCUGUUCAUGUACCUGGCAGCCAAAGGUAUACGCAACUGCUUAAAGAAUGGACAUGACACAGUUUUCUUCGUGGCAUUCAUUGGCUACUUGCUCGUUGGGACUGGAAGCUUCCUCUUUCACGCGACACUGAAAUAUCCCAUGCAGCUUGUAGAUGAGCUCUCGAUGAUCUACACAACGUGUUUGAUGAAUUUUGCAACAUUUUCGUAUGGAAAGUCACGGCUCUACUCUACUGUUCUUGCGGUUGGACUGGUGUCUCUCGCCGUCUUCAUUACGCUAUAUUACCAUUACCUCCAGGAUCCAAACUUCCAUCAAAACGCCUACGCGCUCCUCACAGCAAUCGUGCUGUUUCGGGCCAUGUAUGUGAUGGAGGUGAAUAUCCGCCCGCGCUUCCGGUCCAAGGAGAGGGAAGCUGCGAACCCGCGUCCGCAUAGAGGUGUGAAGGCGGUUCAAGAAAGGGAAGACGUGAGGGACCAGGAGAUUCUCAGUACCAUGUGGAAGAUGAUUGCAUUUGGUCUAAGCAUCUUCUUGGGUGGUUUCGCAGUCUGGAGUCUCGAUAACGAGUACUGCUCGAAGUUGAUCCAGUGGAGGAGGGAGAUUGGUAUGCCCUGGGGCUUCGUACUGGAGGGUCAUGGGUGGUGGCAUCUCAUGACGGGAACCGGAGCCUACUACUACAUCGUGUGGGGUGUAUGGCUUCGACAUUGCCUUAACUACAGGCAAGACGAGUAUGAGCUGGACUGGCCCAACUUCUGGACGAUGCCGCAGGUUAUUAAGCGACAAGAAGCGUUGAAUAGAGGUCAUGUGAAUGGCUCUACGAAGAAGGAACUGUAAGCGGUGACGGUGAAUCAUGUAUGCUAUGGGGUUUUAUGCAUGUGCUUGCAAGAUCAGCGUUGUGCGGUAUUCCGCUGCUUCGAGCAUGCAGAGAGUAGAAUUUUACAGGGGUUAGCCGUGAUGGAAGGAACACCUGGGCAGCUGCCUUCAGUGGUAGCCAUAGCACAAGACGAAGCAGCGAAUACCACAGCAUACCGCAAAGCAAUAGAAGCAUCUGAUGAAAACAC